AUGUUUAGCUCAAAAAAGUACCUAAACUCUUUCGGUUGGCAAGAGGGGAAUGCCUUAAAAGAAGGUGGUCUCCUCAAACCAGUUCUGACGUCUAGAAAAUAUGAUACUCGUGGUUUGGGUACAAAGCAUGAUUAUGCUGAUCAAUGGUGGGAUAAUGUGUUUUCUUCACAGUUGAACUCUAUCCAAGUUAAGUUGGAAACGCAAGGGACAUCUACGAAGCUUGCAAUGGCAAAAUAUCACAGUAAAUAUUCAGCCUUGUCGACUGUAUUUCGAUACGCAGGAUGUCUUUCUGGAACAAUUGAAGAACAAAAAGAGAAAGAAAAUAUGAAGAAUGAUGCCAAUGCUGUGGCUGAAAAGCCGAAGAAAGUUAAGCACUCUACAAAAAAGUCUUCUCGGAAAGCGAAAUCUGAAUCUGAUCGGCAUAAAUCUAAAGACAAGAAGCAUAAAAGGAAGAGAAAAGAUUUGGACGAAUCGACAUCAUCAAAAAAGCGUAAGAAGGAAAAAUCAUCUCAUUCAAAGUCCGAUAGAAAAAAAGAAAAAAAGUCGUCUAGAAAGUCGAAAGGAAAAGAUUCAGAAACUUUCAAGAAAAGGAAAAUUAAAAGCGCUUAG